AUGGUAUUUACCUGUAGUGGAUGCGCUGCCCCUCCCUUCAAAAAUCUGCAAGCUCUGACUGUUCAUCGGAGGAACUGCAAAGGAGCAGCAAGAAAUUCACAACAAAUAAUAGAAAGCUCAUCAAAAGCUUUAUCUCGAAGGAAUAAGCGUCAGCGUCUUUCAAAUGACCAAGAAGAUACGCUGGAUUUAUCGCACGAUACGGAGCCAACGGCGGCCAUUAAUACCAAUCGUAAUGAUACAGAGCUGGAUGCUGGCGAAGCUGUGAACCAUCCGGCUUCUCCUACAUUACCAACAUUUGUUCCAGUACCUACUCGGAGUGGCCGUGAACGUAAAUUCCCCAAGCAUUAUACCGAUAUGCUGCCAAAUUCCUCGACAUACUUGCCACAUCUUCCUCCGGCUCCUCCUCGGCCAAAAAAAGAGCCUUCUAGACGAAACAAAAAGCCAGAAUCACCUUCUACUCCUCCUUCAGAACCCGAAUUCAAAUAUUUGCGUAGCGAAAUCAAUGACUUCGGGCUAUACCGUGUUUACCCUUCUUUUCCCACCUGCGAGAUCAAUGAGGCCGAUAAUCUUGACAACUUGUGCGACGCGCCAGGUCUAGCCAUAGUGAAUGGCAAAUCCGACAAUCAGUGGUGGAAAGCAUUUGGAAUUAAGGCUAUGGAUGCUACUUCGAAUCGGCAUGCCGGCCUCUUCACGCCUUUUAUGAAUGCCACCGUAUUCCGUCUCGUAAACUGGUUUUAUUCAGGCUCUAAUCUCAAGUCAGCUCAAGAACUGGAUCGUCUGGUACAAGAGGUACUUCUAGCCGAUGAUUUUGACACCAAACACCUCGAGAAUUUUAGCGCAAAACGCGAGUUUCGUCGUCUGGACGAAAUUGAUCCCCAGUUACCUAUUUCUUCGACCAAUAGCUGGAAAACAUCGACGGUUAAGCUUUCCUUGCCUGCGGAAAAAGUAUCCCACGAAUCUGAAAGUCACGCUCCUGUUCUAGAGGUCCCUAAUGUCCACCAUCGUAGUCUUGUUGAGGUAAUAAAAUCGGCGUUGGAAGACGAAUCAGCAAAAAAUGUUCAUUAUACGCCAUUUCGACUUUUUUGGCAACCAACUAAGGACAGUACUCCAGAACGAGUUGUUUCAGAGUUGUACAACUCGGAGGCAUUUUACGAGGAGCAUGUCCGACUACAGCAGCAGCCUCGAGAACCUGGCUGUAAUCUGGAGGUUGCUAUUGCCGGCCUUAUGCUCUGGUCGGAUUCCACACAUCUGGCACAAUUCGGAAAUGCUUCGUUGUGGCCCAUCUACCUCUUCCUGGGUAAUCAAUCACAGUACUUUCGUGCAAAACCUAAAAAUUUUGCCGCUCACCAUGUUGCUUAUAUUCCGGCACUUCCGAGUUUUCUGCAGGACAUUUACAUGAAAGCAUUCAACGGUCUGGCUGCAUCCUCAGCAACAAUAACUCACCUCAAACGCGAGCUCAUCCAUGCAAUUUGUCUUUUGUUGCUCGACCCGGAGUUUAUGCAUGCAUAUCAACAUGGAAUCGUCAUCAAAUGCAGUGAUGGUAUAGUUCGACGGAUUUUUCCACGGAUUUUUACAUACUCGGCUGACUAUCCUGAAAAAAUACUUCUUGCAACAAUUCGGUAUCUUGCCAAAUGCCCAUGUCCACGCUGUCUGAUGCCAAUGUUCCGCAUUGGUGAUUUAGGAACAAGGGUAGACGAUCAGCGACGCCAACAUACACGGGUUGAUACAGCUUCACGGCAACACAAGGUAGAAAUAAGUCGUCAACACAUAUUUGAGCGAGGGAAGGGCGUAAAAAGUACUGCAGUAGAAAAUCUUUUACAAGAAGACUCUUCUACACCGACUCGGAAUGCAUUCUCGACCCGACUGUUUCAAUUUGGAUUUAAUUAUUUCUCAAUGUUUGUGCCUGAUUUGCUUCAUGAAUUUGAACUCGGUGUGUGGAAGGCCACAUUCUCUCAUUUAUUGCGCAUCCUGCAUGCACAUGCCGAAAAUAGCAUCCAAAAGCUCAACGAAAGAUAUCGUCAAGUAGAAACGUUCGGCCAAGAUACAAUCCGAAUGUUUUCAAACAAUGCUUCAGCUAUGAAGAAACUCGCAGCAAGAGAUUUUGAAGACCUCUUACAGUGCUCGAUGCCAGUUUUUGAGGGUUUGCUGCCUCGAAAACACGAUGAGUUUAUUCAGGAUAUGCUGUUUACUCUAUGUACUUGGCACGCUUAUGCCAAAUUGCGACUUCAAACAACUUCGACUCUUAAUGGCCUCAAAGCGACCACCAAAACACUCGGAAAACUUCUCCGGGUGUUUGCAAAAGACAUAUGUUCUCAAUACGACACAGUUGAACUGCCUCAAGAAGAAGCUGCACGAAAAGGCAAGCUUCCGGCAAAUUCUCAACGAACAACACGGAAUUCUGGUCCCAUCGAUGACGACGACUCUAAUACUCAGUCAAAACGACGAAAAACAUUCAACAUGUUAACUUAUAAGCUUCAUGCUCUCGGGGAUUAUGUCGUCUCAAUUUGGAGGUAUGGACCAAGCAGCGGCUACUCUACACAGAUUGGAGAACUGGAACACCGGAGAGUAAAGCGCUUCUAUGCGAAGACAAACAAAGGACGCACUUUUGAAUGGCAGAUUACCAGGCAUCAACGUCGCGAGCGUCUUCUUCAUGCUAUUUCGGAACGGGAGAAACGUUCAAAAAGAAAUCUGAAGGAUAGAUCACAACAACAAUCCUCAAAUGACUUCGAAUGCAACACUUACAAUGCCCCGCAUGUCCCAUUUAUUGAAUCGGACACACUUCCGCCUACUCUACCACAGCUUCAUCAUCAUAUCAGCGCCAAUAAGCGCCUCAAGGACAAUAUCCAUCGCUGGCUUUACACAAAUGAGAAUGAUCCUGCUCUUAAAACCUUCCUACGCGACCUCAAGAAUCACCUCCUUUCACGACUUCUAGGCCAUUCUGCUGAUAGCGACGAGUAUCUGUACUAUUCUGAUGAAGACCGCUACAACGUGCAGAUUGUCAACAAUCUCAUGUUUCGACACAAACUUCUAAGAAUCAACUACACUACUUACGACGUCAGGCGCCAACAAGACACCAUAAAUGCCCGAACUCACGCCGAUAUCAUGACGCUCUCGGGGAAUACGGACGACAAUGCCCAUCCUUAUGCAUAUGGUAGAGUCUUGGGAAUUUUUCACGUGGAUGUCAAACAUCGUGGGCAGUUAGCGACGUCAAAUCAAACUCACCGGAUGAAUUUCCUCUGGAUAAGAUGGUUUGAAAUCGACCCCAACUACAUUGGAGGCUGGAAAACCAAGCGACUUCAUCGUAUCCGCUUCAUCAAUUCCUCUUCGCCUCUAGCUUUUGGUUUCUUAAAUCCAGCAGACGUCAUACGUGCAUGUCAUUUGAUACCGGCAUUUGCACAUGGCUCUACUCGGGAGUACCUAGGUCCUUCAAUUGCUCGAUCUGUCCUAAAGAACCGAAUAAAUUUACGGAAUGAAGAUUGGCGAUUUAUGUACAUUAAUAUGUUUGUCGACCGUGAUAUGUUUAUGAGGUACCUUGGUGGUGGAGUCGGGCACCACUCUACAAAUGAGUACACAAUAGGCCUACGGCCUGAUAUUCAUGAUAUCCGAAACGUCUUUGCUGUUCCCCAGGAUGGUAUAGACGACAUAGGUGCAUAUGGGGAUGGGUAUCUAGAAGAUCACAGUGAUGAUGGUAACAAUGAUUUGGAAAGCGGCCACAUGGAUCACAAUGACGCACUACUAGAUGAAGAAGACCAACACGAGCAACUACUAAGCGACGAUAUGGAUGUGCACCCUUUUUUCGAGCCCGACCCUGAGGAUUUCAACUCGGAAGACGACGAUUGGGGCUACAAAUCCCCCCCUGUCUCGUGCAAUGGUUCAGACAAUGAAAAUGAUGAUUUAAACAGUGACGGAUCAGGUGAAGAUGAAAUUGGUGGGUCUGCGGCAGCUGAUGAAGAAAAUGGUAUACUUUACGAGCCAAAUAUUGGUGCCGAGGACGGUGAAGAGCCAUGGGGCAUGGGCGAUGAGGAGGCUGAGGGUUACGGUGUACUAUAA